AUGACACUGCGCUCCACCGGGUCCCUGGAAAGCGCGGAAGGCUCCCGGGCGCGCUGGGGGCACCCCGGGGCAGCGCCGCCUGCUGCCGAGGAGUCCCGUGAGGCGGUGCCGCUGGCCGAGGCCAUGGAGGAGCUGCGGCGGGCAGGAUGGUACUGGGGCAGCAUGACUGUUGCUGAAGCCAAAGAAAGGUUACAGGAUGCCCCCGAAGGGACCUUCUUGGUUAGGGAUAGUUCACAUUCAGAGUAUUUGCUGACUAUUUCGGUAAAAACAUCAGCAGGACCGACCAACCUACGGAUAGAAUACCAAGAUGGCAAGUUUAGAUUGGACUCAAUCACUUGUGUCAGAUCUAGACUGAAACAAUUCAACAGCGUCGUGCAUUUGAUUGAGUACUAUGUUCUCAUGUGCAAGGACAGAACUGAAACACCUUCAAACGGAACAGUUCAUCUUUACUUGAACAAACCUCUUUAUAUAUCUGCUCCGUCUCUGCAACACCGCUGCAGAAUAACUAUCAACAAAUGUACAAAUCAGAUCUGGGAGCUGCCGUUACCAACAAGACUAAAAGAGUACUUGAGAGAGUAUCAGUACCAGGUAUAA